CUUCGUGCAUACCAACACAGGCUCUGCAACGCCCGUCAGGUUUUUCAUUUGGAGUGGAACUGCUAGUGACACCAUGUUUAAACUGGACUAUUACAUUGACGCUUCGUUACCGACAACGAGUGGAAAAUUUACGAAAUAUAUACCUGAUCCCAAGCCCUGGGUUUCUGCUGGUUCUUUCUAUGGAUGGGGUUAUGGAAAAAAGAGUGACAUCAUAAGUUUUGCAUAUAAUUCUAAAUACAACACUGAAUUCUCAUAUAAUCUUCCUGAUGAUGAAAAUACAUGGCCAGACGUAAAUGGAAGUUACACCUUUUCAUUGAAUAACCGAUACUUCCACGCAGUUGAGGUCCAAAUAAGAAACGGAACACAGACGACAACAACAACUCCCAGCACCACCACGACCACUACCACGCCAACCACUUUCACGCCAACUACUACCACUCAAACAACAACCACCACGCCAACCACGACCACGCCACCUACUACCACCCUAACAACAACCACCACGCCAACCACGACCACGCCAACUACUACCACCCCAACAACAACCACCACGCCAACCACUACCACGCCAACAACUACCACCCUAACAACAACCACCACGCCAACCACUACUACCGCAGCCAUUAGCACCCCAGAUAUGGACAACGUGGUAACAAUCGGUGACGCUUCGGGACUGCAAUAUUAUCAGCCAUCAGUUUCAACCCGCAAAGCAUUCGUGGAGACAGGGACACCUUUACCGGAGGGAGAAUUGCUGAGUUUCUCUGUCUUCGUGCAUACCAACACAGGCUCUGCAACGCCCGUCAGGUUUUUCAUUUGGAGUAGAACUGCUAGUGACACCAUGUUUAAACUGGAAUAUUACAUUGACGCUUCGUUACCGACAACGAGUGGAAAAUUUACGAAAUAUAUACCUGAUCCCAAGCCUUGGGUUUCUGCUGGUUCUUUCUAUGGAUGGGGUUAUGGAAAAAAGAGCGACAUCAUAAGUUUUGCAUACAAUUCUCAAUACAACACCGAAUUCUCUUAUAAUCUUCCUGAUGAUGAAAAUACAUGGCCAGAUGUGAAUGGAACUUACACCUUUACAGUGAAUAAUCGAUAUUUCCACGCAGUUGAAGUCCAAAUAAGAAACGGGACACAGACGACGACAUCAACCCCCACUACCACAACCCCAACCACCACAACCACGCCAACCACUACUACUACUACCACUUCCACCCCAACCACCACAACCACUACUACAACUACUACCACUUCCACCCCAACCACCACAACCACGCCAACCACUACUACUACUACUACUACCACCCCAACCACCACUACCACCCCAACCACCACGACAACCACUGCAGUUGUUAUUCAAAUACCCGAUCAAGCUACUGUGGGUGUCACAGUCACUUUCACUGGGGACUAUAGCACUUUAGUUGGCAACGACAAGACUGCCACAGUUACAAGCAUGAAACAGCAAAUGGCCACCAAACUGAAUGUGGCUGAAGGCCGUAUUAUAAACUUGGAUGUGCAGCCGGGUAGCAUUGUUGUUGUUUUUGACCUUCUGCCCGCUGCAUCGGGUUCCUCAGAAGCGAAUCAGACCGAGGUCAUGACCUCUUUGUACAGCGCUGUCUCCGGCAACAGUUUCACGUUGUCUGCAACUGACGGAACCACGAUUCAAGCUGCUGACAUGACAUAUGUUAUUAUAGAAAAUAUCGACACGGCAUUGAAGCUGACCUUCAAGACUGGAGGAGAUCACGUUCUUCACUGCCAGUCUUUAAACAGUGAUGCCACAGGGCUCAAAUGGUACAAGGUUGGCAUGGGAUCGGAGACACUGAUGACAGAAAAAGCAGCAUUAGAGUUUCCAAGUGUCACCACUGGCGACACUGGCUGUUACAGGUGUCGGGACAGUAAUGACAACAAUGAAGUGAUGUCCCAGUUUUGUCUCAGCGUUAACGACACCAUGGUGUUUGCUUCUGGAACAGUGACAUCUAGCCCACCGACAACAGCGACUCCACCUGGACUACCCCCAAUCGGAAUUGCAAUGCUACCUGCAGGCUCCAGUCCUACCGUCAAGCCUUACACAGACAAAGGAGCGAUUGAACAUGAUGUUGGGGGAGGAAGAAAGGCCAAGUAUGAUCUGACAAAUGAAGAUCAGAAAAAGAAGCACAAAAAAAAGAAAGAAGUGCUGAAAAUGUCAGAUUUACAGAACUUCGUUAAAAUCGCCGCAUUAAUGAACGGGGGCAAGGAUAAGAAAAAACACCGUAGCAGUAAACAUAAAUCAAAAGACAAAGACCUGGAAUUUGACGACAUUGGUGACCUUCAUAAGAAGGAAAAGAAGGAAAAGAAAAAAGACAAAAAAGAAAGGAAAAAGCGGUCUUGA